AUGCUGAUUCUACAUCAUGCACAAAUAACGACUCGCUUUCACCUGCCAGCCGCUGCACAUGCUGGCGCAAGGCAUUUGGCGUUCCGAUGGCGGCGGAGUUUGCUAACACUCGCUAUUGAGAGCUCUUGCGAUGACACAUCCGUCGCCAUCGUCGAGAAACACACCUCCCUAGCGUCGUCGCCAGCUGCAAAAGUGUAUUUCCUCGAGAACAUCACCGCCGACACACGUCAAUACCGUGGCAUCCACCCGAUCGAGGCACUGCAAUCGCACCAAGAAAAUCUUGGUAAACUGGUCCAGAAGGCGUUGCAAUUUCUUCCCGUGGCCGGUGAGGGUGGAUCAACAUCAGGUUACGUAACUAAUGCUGCGGUGACGCUGUCUGCGGAUGGGGUUCGUCGACGGUUACCAGAUUUUGUCGCCGCAACGAGAGGGCCUGGGAUGAGGUCGAAUUUGUCCGUUGGGCUGGAUACGGCGAAAGGGCUGGCAGUCGCGUGGCAGAAACCCCUGGUGGGCGUGCAUCAUAUGCAAGCGCAUCUCCUGACGCCAAGACUCGUGUCGGGGUUGAAUAACGACAAAAACAAUAAUAAUACCACUGAUCCAUUGAAAUUUAAACUACAGCCUGAAUUUCCAUUCCUCUCCAUUCUCGCCUCUGGGGGGCACUCAAUGCUGGUUCAUUCGAAAUCCCUCCUCGAGCACGAAGUCCUGGCCACAACGGCGGAUAUAGCCAUCGGCGAAACCCUAGACAAAUCAUCUCGCCACAUUCUUCCCGAGUCCAUCCUGCAAUCCUCAAAAACGACCAUGUACGGUAAACUCCUCGAGCGAUUCGCAUUCCCGCGCGGCGCGUCAGAUUACGCUGAUUACCGGCCCCCAAUGACCCGCGGCGAGGAAACGGUGAAGCAUGAGGGAGGGGUUUGGGGAUGGUCGAUCACGACGCCGUUCGCUAACACGCGGGAUCUGAAGUUUAGUUUCUCAUGUGUCGCGAGUACCGUGGAUAGAAUUGCGAGGAAGAAUCAAUCUGCUGGGAGAGAGAUGGGUGGUGACGAGCGGAUUGCGCUGGCGCGGGAGGCGAUGCGGAUUUGUUUUGAACAUUUGGCGUCGAGGACAAUUAUUGGGUUGGAGAUGUUGGAGGCGCGUAGACGACAGGCUGGUGGUGAGGGCGAGGCUGUUAAGACGCUUGUUGUUAGUGGUGGUGUUGCGGCGAAUCAGUUCCUGAUGAAAGUGCUGCGUUCUUUUCUGGAUGUUCGCGGAUUUGAGAAUGUGGAAAUUGUGGCCCCGCCGCCCUAUCUUUGUACAGAUAACGCAGCGAUGAUCGGAUGGGCUGGGUUGGAGAUGUUCGAGGCUGGAUGGGUGACGGAUUUGAGUGUGAGAGCUCUAAGGAAGUGGACGCUUGAUCCGCAGGCAUCUGAUGGUGGCAUCCUGGGGCCGGGUGGGUGGACAGAGCGAGGGUGGACAGAGCGAGGAACUACAUAA